ACUCAACAAAAUGUCUGACACACACACACACACACUCACUCACUCUCUCUCAAUUUAUAUUGUUAGAGGCUCGCAGCAGGGCUGGUAGAUAAUUCUUGACGGGCAGAUGGAUCACCGCUCGGAUCGACUCCUCUGAACGGAAUAUCUCGGCUCUGUUCGGUCAGGUGACCGUAAGUGGGCUGUGCAUGUAUGGCUGAUGGACAGGAGUCCGAACCAAUCACAGGACAAUGCUGGCACGAAGCCGUUUCAUGCUGGUGCUGGUGGUGGGUGCCCUGCUGGCGGUGCUGAGUUUCAGCCUGCAGUAUUUGCACCUCAUUCCAACCAAUCCGGUGGCAGAGCAAAGGUCACUUGGUAAAAGCAGAAAGCGUGUGAAUCCGGUCCGUCUAAAGCCCUCUCACCCCCUCUUGGCCUCCUUCAUUAGUCACAUGGCUCUCAGUGGGCGUGGUCACUGGGACACAUCACUGGGAUCUCUGCCCAGAUUACCCAAUCACAGCACCUGUGAAAUGGGCGAGCUCACACAGACAGGAGUCGUACAGCAUUUGAAAAACGGCGAUCAUCUUCGCCAGGCUUACAUCAAGCGUCACAAUCUGCUCACUGCUGAUUGGUCGCCGCAGCAGUUGUGGGUGGAGACUACAGGUAAGAGCCGCACCCUUCAGAGUGGAUUGGCCUUCCUCUUCGGUUUCCUGCCACAUUUUGAUUGGUCACGGCUGACGGUAAAACAGCAGUGGAGUACGCUGUUCUGCGGUUCCUCGUGCGAAUGCCCCGCACGCAACCGGUACCUGGACCAGGAGCAGCGCAGGCAGUAUCGGCAGAGGACUGCAGACACGGAACUGGAACGCACGUAUGUCGCCAUGGCGAAGACGUUGGGCGUGGCCACGAAGAAUCUGAGGGCGGCCAAUCCUGUGGAUGCGUUGUUGUGUCACUUUUGUCACGGUCUUCCUUUUCCAUGCUCUAGCACUCAGAUUACAUCAAACGCUCCGGAUGAGGGGGCGUGUCUUACACUACAGCACUUUGCUGUGAUUCGACGGCAGCAGAAAAAUGAUGAACUGGAGCGGCGGGAGGCGGGGCUUUACCGCCGAUAUGCUGUGCUCGCGGCACAUCCGUACCUCAACCGUACCGCAACGCGGAUGGAGAGGAUUGCCAGAGGAAGCCAAACGCUCAAAGGCAAGGAAGAGGCAGUCUUCGCUUUAGCAUCUGCUCAUGACGUAACAAUGGCGCCGUUGCUAAGCGCGCUUGGUCUGGAAGGGGCGGGAUUUCCAAAGUUUGCAGCACGGCUGGUGUUUGAGCUGUGGAACAGCCCGGAAGUGAAAGACAAAGACAGAAAGAGUGAUAGAAAACGAGGAAAGUGGUUGGAAAAUAUGUUCAUUCGUGUUCUCUAUAACGGAGAGGACUUGACCUUUGACACAGCCUUCUGCCGUGACCACAAUCGACACUCUGCUCAGCCGCUGUGCCCUCUGGGUAAUUUCCUGUCUUUUGUGAGAAAGGACAUGUUUAAUAUUGUCAAUGCGACGAGUUACCUGCAGGCCUGCCACCAAAUUGUACUGUAAAUGUGAACAUGAAUGACUGACAGAGAGCAAACGUCAAGGAAGGAUGAGGAACAGGUAUAGUUUACCCAAAUAUUCUGUACAGUUCUGUCAUUAUUUAGUCCCUUCAUGACAUUCCAAACCCAUAUGUCUUUUCGUGGAGUGCAACUGACAAAACUGUCAAUGAAUGCAAGACUUGCAAGCUCAAAAAGCAAAAAGCUCCCUAAAAGUCCAUACGACUUCUGCACUAUAUUCUAAGGGGUUUCCAGGUGCUUGUCACUUAAUGCUUUCAUCAAGAGCAGCAAAUCUCUUCUUUUGUGUCCCGCUGAAGAAAGAAAAUCUGGUUUGGAAUGACAUGAAGGUGAAAAAAUGAUGACAGAAUUUGGGUGAACUGUUCCUUUAAGACUGAGUACUACUAAUGUUAUUGAUGUAGUGUUAAGUUUGUGGACCAAAUAAUUGUCCCUGCACAACAUUGUUUUUGGUACACUUUACUAAUCUCACUGACAAAAUUUGAAGUUGUUUACAGCAAUCAUUUUAAGCUGUGGGCUGUGACUGAAUGUCUGAUUGACGUUGUGACGUGAUGUCAAGAACCCUUCAAGAGCACACAAACAGUCAAUUGUUGAAACACCUCUUGCCUUCCUUCUGAGUCAGUGAAUUAGGAAUGCUGCACAGUCAUUAUGACAAUCCCAGUGGGUUUGCUAAAUAUAAAAAAAAUGUGUUUGAACUGUCAUUUUUAGACCACAUUUCUUAAACAUUUGUAUUAGAUUUAGGGCACUUCGCCACUUUAUUGCAGAGUUCCUGCAGUGAUCGGGAAUCUGAUGUUAUUUCAAUUUCACAUCUCUUCCAUUGGAUUUCCUGGAUAAGUUCCUAUUUGAAUAGUAUUAGCAAAAUGUCUAGCACAAUCAUGUUGUCCUGACACUUUCCUCACAUUUUGUGUGCUUUAAAUUUCUUUUAGUGAUUUCCCUUUGUUUACAUAUAAUGUAAAGUUUAAAACAAAGGAGUGGUAGUAUUUUUUUGAGUACUGUAAAACUGAUUCAAUCAACUUUUGUAUCAUGAAUGGUGUUCUUGUGAUCAGUCUGUACUGCCACAUUCCAA